UUCAACUUAACCGUAAUUACCGUGGUAGGGUACCGGCGGCGCGCGUGUGCCGUACGGGCGGCGGUCGUUAACCGCUGCGCCGCGUCUCCAACGUGUUCGGUAGUAGCGGCUCCGGCUUUUGGCUUGGCCCCAACACGUGCUCGGCCGUGGGUUUAAAUUGCGCUUCGGGUCCUCGCCCCUCUCCCAUUAUGCCGAGUAUAAACGUUGCUUCGAAUGACGUUUGGAUUAACACCCUGCUACGGUGUGGCAUUUGGUGCGCAGACUGCAUCGGUGCGAGUCGCGUUGAACGUUAAAAAAAAAUAUGCACCGAUUUUUUUUUUGCAAGUUUAGAUUGAGCGACCGAAAAAUGAACGCGGUUGGAUUGGACAAUAGCGCAGGGUUGGUUAAUAAUGGCGUUCGAAAUUAAGUGGGGAGUUAGGGUGGCCAGGGAUGAUGGUGGUGGUGGUGGUGAAGAUUGACGGGAAUGGCCGCGAAAGAAUUGGAACGCGCCCGAGGAGAUGGGAGCUGUUGUUUGCAGGUCGGCUCCGUGCGCAUUCCGCUGAGGACGGAGCGCCUGGUGUCUCGCCGCCUCGCCGCCAGCUCCACCGCGUACAAUCGGCACGUCCAGCCGAGGGCCGUCGCCCUGCAGGAGGAGCUGGUGGGGGUGGUGCCGGCGAAGGCGUCGCCGCGGCCACCGGAGGAUGGGGACGCGCUGGCGUUGGGAGCCGAGGCUCUGAACGUCCCCGGCAUGCUCGACAACCUGCGAGGGAAACCUGGGCAGGGAUACUACAUCGAGAUGGCCUUGGGCACCCCACCCCAGAUGCUGAACAUUCUGGUGGACACGGGCAGCAGCAACUUUGCCGUGGGUGCUGCACCACACCUCUUCCUCAAGCGCUACUACCGCCCCGAGCGGUCAUCGACGUACCGGCCGAGCCACUCCAGCGUGUACGUGCCGUACACGCAGGGCAACUGGCAGGGAGACCUGGGCACGGACCUGGUCUCCGUGCCGCACGGUGGCAACUCCAGCGUCCGCGCCAACGUGGCCGCCAUUACCUACUCCAACAGCUUCUUCAUUAACGGCUCCAACUGGGAGGGCAUCCUGGGGCUCGCCUAUGCCAACAUCGCGCGGCCUGACGAUUCCUUGGAGCCGUUCUUUGACUCGCUGGUGAAGCAGACGGGCAUCCCCAACGUCUUCUCGCUUCAGCUGUGCGGCCUCUUCCCCGACCCAAACUCCACGGACGGCACGGCCGGAGGCACUAUGAUUGUGGGUGGGGUGGACACAGACCUGUACAUCGGAGACAUGUGGUACAGCCCCAUACGGAGGGAGUGGUAUUACGAGGUGAUCAUUGUGCGCAUGGAGGUGCAUGGCAGGGACCUUAAAAUGGACUGCAAAGAGUACAACUACGACAAGAGCAUCGUCGACAGUGGCACCACAAACCUGCGCCUCCCAAAGCGAGUCUUCAACGCGGUCGUCUCCGCCAUCAAGCGCAACUCUCCCACGGAGAAGUUCCCCGAGGGUUUCUGGCUGGGAGAGCAGCUGGUUUGUUGGAGACCGGGCAGCACCCCAUGGCAUCUGUUCCCAAACAUAUCCCUCUACCUCAUGGGGGAGGCCACCAACCAGUCUUUCAGGGUCACCAUCAUGCCCGCGCAAUAUCUGCGUGCGGUGGAGGACGUGGCGUCGAUGCUCGACGACUGCUACAAGUUCGCCAUCUCGCAGUCGAGCACGGGCACGGUGAUCGGCGCCGUCGUCAUGGAGGGGUUCUACGUCGUGUUCGACCGCGCUCACAAGCGCGUCGGCUUCGCCGUCAGCCGCUGCUCAGUGCGAGGCCCCGGGGACUCCCCCAGCGUGUCGGGCCCCUUCGUCCUGCCCGACGUGAACAUGGCGGAGUGCGCGUACAGCGCGGCACGGCCCGACGAGACGGCGCUGCUCACCGUCGCGUACGUCAUGGCCGCCAUCUGCGCCCUCUUCAUGCUGCCCGUGUGCCUCCUCACGCUGCAGGGCCAGUGCGGCCGCUGCCGGCGCAGGGCCGGCGACGAGCUCACCGACGACACGUCGCUGCUGAAAUAGCGGGCGGCGGGCUCUGCCAGUCGCCUCGCCUCCCCCACCCCGCCGAGGAGGAGGAGGAGGGAGACCCUUCGGCACUUGGCCGUCCAGCUCCGCGUGGUGUUGGCCACACCCUCGUCCACCACCCAUCUCAUGCCAGCCUUCAUGGGUGCUCGUUAACAGCACUUGCCCCAACAGUCUGUUAAAGGCGACGCGGGGUUUUUUGUAAAUACUGCGUGGCGCGUGGCCACGCGGCCCACUUGGUGCACCGUGCCAGCCUUCGUAGGUGCUCGCUUAACAGCACUUGGUGGCGCUCGUAUCUGCAUGCCACCAAGUAUGAAAAUUCCAUACUCGGUGGCAUUGCAGGUUCUUCCAGUAAGACAACCACUAUCGAUCACCCAGUAGGGCAAGUACCUAUUUUAACACACCUGGAAGAAUGACGGGCUGAGUUAUGGACUCCCUGUCUAUAAUUAAAAUUCACGACGUUUCCAAUUGUGAGGCAGGCAUUCUUUUACAGCAUUAUCUGGCCACAUGUGUAUAUAUAUGCGUAUGUGUGUGUGUAUAUAUAGCGGGGAGCGGUAGCGUAGCGGUUAGCGUGCUGCACUAUGAACCUGGUGACUCGAGUU